UACAAAAGUUGCUAAAUUCAGAAGAGUUAAAAUUAUGUUAAUAAAUUGAUUUUAUGUGGAAAAUAAGCGAUAAUAAUGCGAAAAAAUUAAAAGCAUCGUCCAUUGCAUAUACUAGUGCAGAUUCGCAGCUCGAUGACUUGGCUUGGCUUUCCACCAUCGAUUUUUUUUAGCAGCCAACGAAUGCGGAUGCUUUCGGUCGUGAUACCAAAUUUACUGUGGCAGACGAGUGCGAUAUAUAAUUAAGGGCACAAUGGCAGCUAAGAGCGGCGACCAUGAAAUCUAUAAUAUGCCAACGGCAUCAUCCACAUCGGCCCUAACAGGUGGCGAAGAGCAAAAUCUGGCCCGGAAGAGCUUGCGGCGGACUUGGAAUCAGCUACCUCGGUGCCAACGUAAUCUCAUUAUAAUGGGCAUAACGGCCUUUUGUUUAACAUUGCUGCUGUUCUUGCCCGGCGAUCAACUCAUUAGCAUGAAGGAUGUGCAACUUAAGCCCGCAUCAGCACCAUUCCAUAUACGACGGGAGAAUAUGCUACAAAACGCUCAUCACCAUCCCAAUGCCGAGUCUGCAGAUGUCAAGAACGGGCUAUCUGAUACGAUAGCAGCGGCGGCAGCUCCCAUGACAAAAGACAAGGUAAUUGCGCCGUACGAUAACAACAUACCCUAUCCAGAUGCAAAUUCAGCGGAAAAUGUCGUAAAGUUGCCCGAAACAUUGGCCGUUGAAAACAAAAACGAAAACACCAUUGAUAUCGUUAACACUUUGGAGGAGGUGGUGACCAACAAUGACCCAUCAAGCAUGCAGUCUGAUCUCGAGCAAGCUAUACAACAUCCACGCAACUUAGCAGGUGUCAGCAUCGAAUCCCAUUUGCAGAAGAUAAAAUCACAGCUGGCAAAGCCGCAACACUUUCAUGGCGCCACGAAUGAGCGCCAAGCUGCUGUGGUGGCAGCAUUCAAACACUCCUGGGCUGGUUACAAGAAAUACGCAUGGGGCCAUGAUAAUCUGAAGCCAGUUUCUCAAACCUCUCAUGAAUGGUUUGGCCUGGGGCUCUCCAUUGUCGAUAGUCUGGACACUAUGUACAUAAUGGGCUUGGAAGAUGAGUUUAAGGAAGCACGUGAUUGGGUCAAGGAUUCGCUGCACUUUCACACUAGUCGCGAUGUGAAUCUCUUUGAGGUGACCAUACGUGUGCUGGGCGGCUUGUUGGCGGCUUAUCACUUAAGUGGCGACAAGAUGUUUCUAGUCAAAUCGGUAGAGCUGGGCAAUCGCUUGUUGCCCAGCUUUCAAUCGCCCUCGGGCAUACCCUACUCGGAUGUAAAUCUAGGAGACUUGUCCGCACAUUCGCCAAAAUGGUCGCCAGACAGUUCAACCAGCGAAGUGACAACAAUACAAUUGGAGUUUCGUGAUCUCAGCCGCUCUACAAAUGUUUCGAUUUACGAGCACGUGGUGAAUGAAGUUAAUGAUAAGGUGCAUGGUCUGGACAAAAAGCACGGCCUGGUGCCAAUAUUUAUUAAUGCAAAUACAGGCACGUUUCGCAAUUACGCAACAAUAUCGCUGGGUGCCAGAGGCGAUUCUUAUUACGAGUACUUACUGAAGCAAUGGUUGCAAACAGGACGCAAGGAUAAUGACAAUCUCAUUUUGGACUAUAUGCAAGCUAUAGAUGGUGUGUUGACGCAAUUAAUGAGGCGCACGCCACGCGAGCAGUUGGUCUACGUGGGCGAGCUUAUAAAUGGCAACGACUUCAAACCCAAAAUGGAUCACUUAACUUGCUAUUUGCCUGGCACGCUGCUCUUGGGCCAUCAGAAUGGCAUGCCCGACUCGCACAUGUUGCUGGCCAGGGAUCUAAUGGAGACUUGCUACCAGACCUACAUCAGGCAGCCCACACAAUUGGCCGCAGAGAUUUCUUACUUUGCGCUAAAUGAAAAAGAUGAGCAUGAUAUUUAUGUGAAGCCCAAUGAUGCACAUAAUUUAUUACGUCCCGAGUUCAUUGAGAGUCUUUACUAUUUCUACGCGCUUACUGGUAACCAUACGUAUCAGGAUAUGGGGUGGACCAUCUUUCAGGCUUUCGAGAAGCAUACGAAAGUUGAUGCCGGCUACACUUCAUUGGGCAAUGUGAAGAAUACACUUAAUACACGCAUGCGAGACUUAAUGGAAAGCUUUUGGUUAAGCGAAACGUUGAAGUACUUCUACUUGCUCUUUAGCGACAAUCGCAAGGAGAUUGAUCUGGACCAAUGGGUGUUCAAUUCGGAGGGCCAUCCGCUGCCGAUAUACCAGCACUGAUUGUAAAUAUCGAAUAUCCAACAGCUGUAUUAAUUACAACCAACUGUGUGUUGGUGGUGUCUCUCACUUAGUCGUAGCGUAGCGGAAAUGCCAAAUACUAAGUACGCCAGGCUCUUAGGCCGGACUUGGCAAAAACCAUAUAAGAAUGAAUAUGCAAACGAAAAUGUACAAGCACAAUUUGCACAUUUAAAUUGUCUAAUAAUUGGCGCAUUGUCUUAGAACGAUAUUAAUUUAUUAACUAAUCAUAGAGCAGCUAGCACAAGUUGCACGCGAACUCUGGUACUGAUGCUGCCGGCAAUGUUCUCCGAUAAUUAUUAUUUGUAGUAGUAUAUAAAAACUCUAUCUGUACGUAUUUAUGAAUAAUUGGUAGGUACUUAGUACAUGUGUAAUACAUUUUAUGUAUGUAUGCGUAUGGUUUAUAUUGCUUUAAUAGUUUUCAAUGAAAUACGAA